AUGGUCCAGCUCCCCUGGCCGGAGCCCCACAAGCCCACACCUCCGCUCCCCCGGCCAGAGCCCCGCAACCCCUCGGUCCCGCUCCUCUGGCUGGAGCCCCGCAACCCCGUGUUCCAGCUACCCCGGCCGGAGCCCCGCAACCCUUGGCCCUGCUCUCCUGGCCGGACCCCUGCAAUCCCGCAGCUCCUCUCCCCCGGCAGGAGCCCCACAACCUUGGGAUCUCGCUCUCCCGGCCGGAGCCACGCAGCCACGCGGUCCCGUUCUCCCAGCCAGAGUCCGAAGGCCCCGUUUCCAGGUCGGAGCCCCGCAUCACCGAGGCCCGCUCCUCCGGCCAGGAGCCCCGCAACUCCGCAGCCCUGUUCUAACGACCUGAGCCCCGCAACCCAGCGGUGCCGCUCCCCCGGCCGAGCGCGGCAAGUCCCAGUGGGUCUGCUACUGCGGCUGGAGCCCCGCAACCCCACAGCCUGGUUCUAUGGGCCUGAGCCGCGCAACCCCGCGGUCCGGCUCCACAGGCCGGAGCCCUGCAACCCCGUGACCCUGCUCUCAUGGCAGGAGCCUCGCCACCCCAGCGGUCCUGUUUCUGGGCUGGAGCCCCCCAACCCAGUGGCCCCACUUUCUCAGCCAGAGCCCCGCAAGCCCGCAGCCCCACUCUUCCGACUGGAGCCCCGCAAACUCGCAUCCACGCUUUCCCUGCCAGAGCCCCAAGGCCCCGCUACCCUGGCCAGAGCCCCGUAA